AUGGCAACCUGCAGAUUCCACAUCGCCUGUGCUCCCCUCCUCGUCUGUGUCAUGCUGCUGGGAAAAAAUCAAGAGGGCAUGGAAGCCGUGGCUUGCCAUCAGUACUGCCUGGAAGUCGACUACAUAACCUGCCCGUCCUCCGGGUCAGAGAAGCUCCCGGCGAGGUGCAACUGCUGCAUGGCUGGCAAAGGCUGCACGCUCCAUCUAUCCGGUGGGAUCAACCAAACUUGCAAUUAA